GCUCGCCAUGGGCCGCGAGGGGCGUUGAUCAGUAGAGGUUCGGCGCGGCAGCGGACUCCUUCGUCUUCCUGUCCUGGCAAAGGGUGGCGGCGCAUUUUGUUUAUUUCGUUUUAUGUCUGGCGCUGCAUCUGCCUUGAGGAAGUCGGAGCAGAGUCGAAGGCUUUUUCCCUUAUGCAAAUCUAUACAGACUAUUGGUGAAGAACAAGCUCAGAAUCCAUAUACUGAGCUUCUUGUGCUGAAAGGUCACCAUGAUAUAGUGCGUUUUCUAGUGGCAAUUGAUGACUACAGGUUUGCAUCUGCUGGUGAUGAUGGAAUUGUAUGUCUCUGGAAUAUCCAGACUGGAGAAAAGUUAUUUGAGCUACAUGCACAUACACAAAAAAUCACAGCUCUUGUAGCUUUUCCUUUGACAGAUACCUGUGAAGAAAAAUGCCAUAUGAUUUUGACAGCAGGUGCUGACAGAACUGUAGUUGUUUGGGAUUGUGAUAAUGGCAAACAAAUCCACAGAGUAUCCUGUUUUCAUUCCACCGUAAAGUGUUUGACUGUUCUUCAAAGAAUGGAUGUAUGGCUUUCUGGAGGAAGUGAUUUGUGUGUUUGGAACCAAAAAUUAGAUCUCUUAUGUAAGACAAGUCAUCUAACUGAUGCAGAUAUCAGUGCUAUGAUUGAAUUGCCGAAAAAUUGUGUGGCAGCAGCUGUUGGCAAAGAAUUGAUAAUUCUAAAACUGAAAACUUCCAGAGAUGGAACCGAAUGGGAUGUGUCUGAAAUAAAACGUCUUAUUGAUCACCAGGAUAAUAUUGUAUCAUUGAUCAGUGUCAGUGAUUUGAUUUUUGCAACUGGCUCCCAUGCUGGUGAAAUGAUUGUGUGGAAUUCAUUGGACUGGACAAUGCGAGGGUAUGAAUGCAAUUGGGAUGCAUCUCUUCAUGUGAACCCUCAACAAGAAAUAAAAUUAUCACAAAGUCAAAAUGAAAUGUCAAUUCAGGAUUUAACUUCUGAUGAUGAGUUUAUUUUUGCUGCUGUUGGCAAAGGCAUCUAUGUAUAUAACCUUCAGAUGAAGCGUGUGAUUGCCUUCCAGAAGACUGCUCAUGAUUCCAAUAUCCUGCAUAUUACCAAUGUUCCUAACAGAAAAUUAAUAUCUUGUUCAGAAGAUGGUAGUGUUCGUAUGUGGGAAUUACAUGAAAAGCAACAUCUUACAGCUGAACCUGUUCCAUCAGGUUUUUUCAAUAUCUGGGGAUUUGGCAGGACAAGCAAACAAGCAAAUCACACAGCUAAAAAGGCACCAGAGUGUGCUACUAUUUUUUCCCUUGACCUAACUGGGGAUCUGAUUGGACACUCGGCAGCUGUACAGAUGUUCCUUUAUUUUGGUGAGCAUGGCAUAGCAACAUGCUCUGCUGAUCACCUUAUUAUUCUAUGGAAAGAUGGAGAACAAGAGUCAAGACUGCGCAGCUUAAUAUUAUUUCAUAAGUUGGAACAAAUUGAAGAUUUGCGCUUAAGGAUCUGUACCAGCAAUUCCUCUUCUAAGCAUGUAGAUGAAAUCUGGAACUGUACAACAUCAUAGAGCAUGACAUAUUGUGGCAGAUGCAAAGAAAUGUUUUAAGAUGGAGUGCUAGUUGUUCAUUUUACUACUUGUCUAGACUUUCAUAUAUGGCUGAUGUUACCUAUUAAAAGGCAGAGAAAACUAUGGGUUUGUUUAAUUUGUGAAUUUAUAUCAACUACAAUUUUCUAAAAGAUUAGUUAACAAGCAAAACACAUACAAGGAUUUCUUGUUGUAAAAAUCACAGUGUGCAGCAAGUCCCCACUGUAACAAAGGGCCAGUGAGGGAGCUAUCUCUCUGCAUACAAACUUGCCCCUGAUAAUGAAACCUGCUGGGAAGCCUGCAUAGGGAGGAGGGCUCCACGCAUAGACAGGCUUGAAUCACAGUAAUCGUAAAUGUAUAAAUGAGAACAAAGUCUGACAGAUCAGCAAUUACAUUAAGAAAUGAUUUCUCAUUCAGUGGGGUCAACACAUAUGCUUUUUUGCUCUACUAAUUGGAAGCAAGCAAGCAAAUGGGUCCUUAUAAGACUGACUAGCUAUCUGAAGGUAGAGCUCUGGCUCCCAUGGCUGUGGCAGGAGGAAACACAGAGAUCUGCAGUAGAUCCUGGAAGUCGAUAGAAUGGGAAAUGAGAUACCACCAUGUUUGAAAUAUUAGGGUCUCUAUGGAUGAAUUGUUCUCAGUGUCAAAAACGUGACAAGUGUAUAAUUAAUAUAUAUACUUGCUAUGAACAAGGCUUUUGUA